AUGCUCCGCUGAGUCCGCUGAUGACUGACCCGCCAAGUGACUGUCGGGUCGGUGCCGGCGGCGGCGGCUCCACGAUUCCGCGGACAGGAGCCUCGCUUGAAUAUUUUACAAGUCUGCCUUUCAAAUGGAAGCGGGCGGCUUCGUGUCACAGCGACCUUCUCUAGACACGCCGGGCGUCGAUAAACGGGUUGCAGGGGUCGCCGGCGGCGCAGACGUUCGAUGGCUGGGCGGCACAUUGCUGGGCACCUCGGGAGGAUUUGUCAGUGGGUUACCCGCGAAGAUGUCUGGAGAGCAGGAUUUUACCCCGGUUUUGCAUCGAGCUGCCGUGGAGUCCUCGCCCGAGGUCGACUAUGAGGGGUUGCCUCAGGGAGCCACCACCGGUACUCACAUGCUGGCCGGUGCCGUGGCUGGAAUCAUGGAACACUGUCUUAUGUACCCCAUCGAUUGUGUGAAGACUCGCAUGCAGAGCUUGCGGCCCGAGCCCAACGCGCGCUACCGCAACGUGAUGGACGCCCUGAGGCAGAUCGUGCGCACAGAGGGAAUUUGGCGACCGAUCCGCGGCGUCAAUGUGCUGGCGGUGGGCGCCGGACCCGCCCACGCACUCUACUUUGCCUGCUAUGAGCGCAUCAAGUUCACAUUGAGCAAUGCCAUCCACCCAGGCGCCAACAGUCACUUUGCUAAUGGAGUGGCUGGCUGCAUGGCCACUGUAAUCCACGAUGCCAUGAUGAACCCGGCUGAAGUGGUUAAACAGCGCAUCCAAAUGUUUGGCUCGCCCUACCGCGGCAUGCUGGACUGCGUGGGCACCACACUCCGCCAGGAGGGUCCGGCGGCCUUUUACCGCAGCUACACCACGCAGCUGACCAUGAACGUGCCUUUCCAGGCGCUCCACUUCAUGACUUACGAGUACCUGCAGGAGGCGCUCAACCCUCACAGACAAUAUAACCCCACCUCGCACGUGGUGUCUGGAGCGCUGGCCGGCGCGCUGGCCGCCGCCGUCACUACGCCACUCGACGUUUGCAAAACACUGCUCAACACGCAGGAAGUGGCUGUCGCGCACGUCCUGCAGGCUGACGUGGGCGGCUCGCCGGCUGUCCGCCGCAUCUCCGGCUUGGGCGAGGCCUUCCGGACGGUGUACCGCACAGGCGGCGUAGCGGCCUUCUUCAAGGGCGUGCAAGCCCGUGUUAUUUACCAGAUGCCCUCCACUGCCAUCAGUUGGUCCGUCUACGAAUUCUUCAAGUACGUCAUCACCAAGCGGCAGCACGAGAAGCGUCUGCGCGGAGACGCCGACAAAUGAGAGGGGAGCGAGCGCUUCACUAGUGAAGCGUGAGAAUUUUUCAAUGAGAGAGUUGGCCAGUAGGUGCCGACAAAUGCAAGUUAUGUAGUGGCAGCCAGUCAUGAUGUGAACAGCCUCCAAACACUACUGUAAGCAGGCAAAUGUAUUCAUGCGAGAGAAUCAACACUAUCCUACUUAGUAUUCUAUCCUUAAAAACUGAAGAUUUACUGUGACAACAUGAGAAGUGAAGGUAAACGUGAUACUAUUAGCUUGAAUUUGGACUAUUUUAUAAGGUUACAUAUAAAAUCUAAAAAAUGUUUAACAAAUGUACAAGACCUAAAGAAACUUCUCAGGUUAACCCUCUAUAGACGAGUGAUUGCUGUCAAACCUCCCAGUCAAAAUAGAUUGUUGAGUGCUUUCAAUGGCACUGAAAGAUGAGCAUUCACAGCCACUUGUCCCAGUUUAAAUUCCUUGGACGGGUGUUGUUGUCAAUGGCAGCAAUUAAAUACAGUGGUACCUCGAGAUACGAUCGCUUCGACACACGAUCUUUUCGACAUCCGACGUAAAAUUUGACUCGCCACUUGUUUCUACAUCUGACGACAUGCUCUAAAUAAGACUAUCUAUGACAGCGCCUCAGUUUCUUUGUUUUCCCGCAAGACGGACGCAUGACAUAUUUUCUUGUGAGAGAAAUCAACAUGUUAGUGCAGGUGGUGGAAGAAACGAAAAAGGUGAUGCUUACCAUUGACAUGAAGAUGGAUAUGAUAGCAAAAUAUGAGUGUGUUGUGCGCAUGCUUGAUAUGACUUAACAAUACAGCCGUACACUGUCUAUUUCGGCGGUCAUCCUCCGUUCGCCACUCUUUAUAAGUUAAGGUGGCAAUUAUUAUUGUGGUCACAUCUCCAAAGAAAUCGCCAGCUUGGUCAGGUUUUUAAUCAUUUAUUCCAUCAAUUUGUGCAACACAACACGCCUAGUGUCCCCCGCAGCAAGUAAACUAAGAAAAAGGCUCACUCAGUCAAGUCAGCCACGCGAUGCGUUCAGGUACACCGCGCAAACACAUUCGCCACAUUAGAACCCGGUUUGUUAUAUUUUUACAGGUAUUAUUAUUACUGUUCCAAUUUUUUAUUCAUAAUAUAUUUGUUUUGCUCUUUGUAAUUGAUAUUUGCAAUAGUAACAUCAGUUUUUAUUAAGAAUUUAGUGUAGGUUUUUGGGCUGUGGAACGAAUUAAUGGAAUUAUGAUGUAUUCUUAUGGGAAAGUCCUGCUCGACAUACGACCAUUCCGACUUACAAACAAGGUCUUGGAACGAAUUAACUUCGGAUGUAGAGGUACCACUGUAUUAAGAAAUAAAAAAAAAAGAAAAAAACUUCAUAGUGUUAUUGAACUCCAUAACCAGAGUGUCUUUGUUUUUAUUCAACAGCAUUUUUUAUUUUUUCAUUAUUGACAAAAUUAUAUAAAAUAAAUAGAUUCAUGAAUAAAAUAAUGAUUAAUAGUAAUUUAAAUAUAUAUACACACAAGUGAGACCUGGCGUCCACAUAUGUGGACUUAACAUUUUGGGUCAUGCAGGCCACUCUUGAAUACCAAGUAAUUAUUGUUGCCUACAUUACCCAAAUUGUGAUGUCCAUUUAUGUGGACACCUGGUCUUGAUGGUAUAAGGUUUAUUUAUUUAUUUAUUUUUUAAUUACCCAAAUUAAUCACCUGUCCUAUAUAGGGUUAACCAUGAAUUUCAUUACUUGAAUCACCAAAACAAGAAUGAGAUUUAUUUUUUUUAAUUCAAAUUUUGGUUACCCUUUGCCCUGGGUGACUGAAUUGACCAAACCUAUGAAUUGACAAAACACUAUGCCUCCUAUGGGAGCUGGACAGUGGCCUGACCCAAAAUGGCUUUUCCACACCAAAUUGGAAAACAAAAAAAACCCCACAAUGCUAAAAGUAUUACCUACCCAUUUGAAUUCUUAGUGAAUUCCACCAAGUUGAAGUUCCAGUCUUCAAACUGACCCAGAAUUUUUUUGCUUUAAACUAAAAUGGCCAGUGUCCAUUUAAUUUCCGGGCAUGGGUCUUUGAGACAUUUUGGUACAGUACGUUAUAUAACCAUGUGUGGCAAAUUUAGCGAACUCAAACUCUGUUCAAAGCCUGUUCAAAGCCUCCUUUUUCUAUUCUGAAGCAACACUAGGUAACUUUUCAACCUUUAUAAAAUAUUUUCAUAUGUCUUAAUAUGUCAACUGACAAAUAGUUGAAUGAGACCUCUUUUAUAUCUUGAGGGCGUCUGUUUCGCUUUCACUGGCACUAAUUAACUUUGAGGAGGGCCAGACAAAAAAAACUACAAACGUGCCAACUGCUUUACGGCAUAUGUCACUUCCCCCCCUUUCCCCAUUCAUUAUAAAGACGGAAGUAUGUGAAUGCUUUCGCGCGAAUCCUUCAAAGAUGGCAGAGCAACAAAAGGUUUUGUCUGAGGAAAAACAAAGGGCUGCUACCAGGAAAGAAAUUUUUGAGGGGUUAGCUACACUAAGCCACAUGGUUGUUCACAGUCAUUGCUAUUGUUUAUUGUUUAGACUGGAUUCAUUAGAUUAUUGAUAUUAGUCCUUCACACGGCUACUGGAGAUUAUUGCUAUUCGUCCUUCACACGGCCACUGGAAACAGAAAUGUUGUUUAAUCCAUCUGCAGGCGACCGGGAGAUUGAUUUUUGAUUCAUUGAUGAUUUUACAACACUGUUCAGGUGUGCGCUGGUCCCAGUGGCGGAAAGUCUUCCUUGAAGCAAAACACUACCACUUUUAUCCGCCUGCGUCACUAAAAUCGACCAAACUGAAAAGUUACAAAGUGUUGCUUCAACUUCCUAAUAAUUCUAGAAAAAUUUAAUUUUGAUUCAUUUUCCAAUUUCAUCAAAUGACGUACAUAAAAAUAUUUUGUGAACUACUGUUUCCCCUCUUACAUAAUUUUAUGCCCGAGUAAGCUUAAAAAAAACCCAAAAAAAAGUAUUCCUUCUGGCGUUUACUUUGGCCCACUAGGAAUGUCCCUAAAAUGGCUCUUUUCAACCAAAAUCCGUUCAGAAUCAUCGCAGCAUUUUAAACUAAAUGAGCUAUUUUUAUUAGUUUCUCUCGCUAUCCUAAACACCAAAUAAAACUGGAUUAACGCAAAGUCACCCUUGCCUUCAGACAGCCGCCAUGCAGCCAAACGCACAAGUUUUACUGCUCUUUACGGAAGCCAUACUAGAAAAAUCUAUAUUCACAACUGUAAUAUAUAUAUAUUUGAAUAAGCAGCAAGCUAAAGAUGAACGCUAACUGGGCUGUGCGCCAGGAAGAUUUUGCUCUGGUUUUGAAAGAGGUCAACAUAAGAUGUGUGUAGGUUUGAUAUUGCUCUCCAAAUGUAAAGAGGGAAAACAAAAGUGAAGUCUGCUCUAUUUUUGUUUGCUUGUAAAUAAAGUCGCAGAAGGUAGCCCUUCGCAGAAGCAGGGUCUUUUCUUGGGGCUCCUCUGACAAACCAGAA